ACCGUUGUGAUUUUCCAUUAUACCCACUCCGCUCUGUCCUUUGAACUUGCGAGUCCGUCUGGGACGUUGCUCGUGAGCAUAAUUUCAUUAAUCUGUCUACCACAUAGAUUGUGCCGGUCCGUCAAUACCGUUGACGUUUCUUGCUAUUCCUCAUCUCAGUCACAUCGAUACCCAUUCACAUCAGAACAUAGAAAGUGCCUGGCAUACCAAUCAAGAUGCGGCCCAGUCUUUGUUUCCUCGCAUGCUUCGCAGCAGGCGCUCUUGCAGCUCCCACAUGGCUGGACGAUAUAUACGACUUUUCUGAAGAGAUGGCCUCAUUUCUCGGGGAGGUGAGCAAGGAGAUCGAGAAGGUUGCUAUUAGCGCAACGACCUGUGACACAUCCAAGAUCUCGCUACCAUCGUACGCAUCGAACCUCCCAUCUCCCUCUGGAUUGACGCCAAUCUACGUGGCCGUCGGACGUGGCACCCAGAACUAUACCUGUGCGACCUCCUCUUCGAAUUCCACGCCCGUGGCCAUCGGCGCCGUGGCACGCCUUUACAAUGCAACCUGCAUUGCAGCCAAUUACCCGACCCUGCUGGAGCAGCUGCCGGACCUGGCGUACAAGAUCUCCUUGCCCAGCGUGGAGGAGGACGCCCUCCCUCCGGCGGAACUGGACCUUCUGGGCCACCACUACUUCGAAGGUACCUCAACUCCAGUCUUCAACCUCGACACCACGGCCACCCAGCAGAACGGCAUCGCCAUCACCAAGAAACAAAGCUCCGUUGACGCCCCCUCCGAUGCUGUCAAGGGCAGCACCGGGGCCGUCCCGUGGCUCUAUCUCACCUCGAUCGACGGGACCGUCGGAGACUACAAGAGUGUCUAUCGGGUGACGACCGUCUCGGGCGCUGCGCCGGACACGUGCAAGAACAUGCAGUCGACUUUCACGGUUCAAUAUGCGGCGCUGUAUUACUUCUAUGGCGAGUCGUGAUGUUCUGAUGAUGGGGGUGUUGUUUGAUGCCGUU